AAUGGUAUGAUUCUUGAAUUGAUCGUAGUCGAAAUUUGUUAGCGAGAAAGUCGGAAUCGUGGGUGCACUUGUUCAGCGUUGUAUCGCAACAGGAAAUAAAUAACAGAAAUCCCACACCCACUUGCAUCUCUCUCUGAGUGGAAAAAAUCAUCAUCAAGAACGCAAUUUUUGGAAAACAAAAAAUAAAAUAAUAAUAAUAUUAAUAAUAAUGGUACCGUGGAAUACUCCGUGUGCAGCGUGCAAGAUUCAGCGUCGAAAAUGCACAGAGGAAUGUGUGUUUGCGCCGUAUUUUCCGCCGGACAAUCCUCAAAAGUUUGCGUACGUACACAAAGUGUUCGGCGCUAGCAACGUUGCAAAGCUAUUGAAUGAGGUGAACGCUUCACAGCGUGAAGACGCCGUUAAGUCACUCGCUUAUGAAGCCGAAGCUCGUUUAAGAGACCCUGUUUAUGGUUGUGUUGGUCUUAUUUCACUCCUUCAACAUAACCUUAAAUCCUUGCAAAUUGAACUUAAUAACGCUAAGAAAGAACUCGCUUCUUUUAUUGGUCCUCAAGUUAUGCUUCCUCCAUCACCACCGCCGCCGCCACUACUAUCUUCACCGCCGCCGCCUAAUUCUUUUUUUCCUUCUUCUCAACGUCAAGAACUUUUCACCUUCAAUAUCGAACCACCUUCUGCUUCUUCUUCUUCUUCUUCUUCUUCACACGUGUCGUUUCCUUUCUCUUCUUCUUCUACUUCUUCUCAGUUUCAAAUUCACCCUUUUCACAAUCAAUUAAUGCUUUCAUCAUCACAGAAACAACAACCCAACCAUUCGUUUUUCUCCCAGAAGAUGUUCAAGUCGGAAAGAGCAAAUCUUGAAGAGGGUGCCGGUGGGGUCUGACGCAAACGGGUGAAAUGACAAAAAAGGAUACACAACCAUAGACAAGGUCUCUUAAACGCGCUUCGACUUGUAGCAUGGAAAAGGAAGAUAGGGGAGAUAAUAGAUAUAGGUGUAGGUAUAUGAGAUCGACUGAUCCUGCAUUGUUUUUUGAGUUUUAACUUUUUGGAGAUGAUUUUCAAGAUAUAGUGAGAUCUGCAUUGAUGUUUCACAACGGUUUUUAUAUAGUAUAGGAGUAACUACUAAUCUUCUUUUAUCCAUUUUAGACAAAAAUGUAUAAUCAAAAUUUGCAAAGUAGUUUUUUAAACUCAAACCUUUCUUUAUAUUCUUUACUGUCAUCCAUAUAUAUGUAGAAUCAUUUGUAUCCUUAUAAAUGAAGAAUAAUUUGUGUGUAGACACAAACAUUUGGACAUAUAUAUUGUACAUGUCUCACA